GGGGGUGGAAGGCAGUAUUCUCUUGCCCUAUCCAAACCAAUCUGGUAUCUUCCCACAUACCCUCCUCAACCUCUACUCCCCAGAGGUCCCUUCCAAAGUAAGGUGCUGGGGCCCUGGCGCUGACAGGAGGACCCAGGGCUCCAGUCUGGGCCUGUGGCCUUGGACGGUGUCCUCCCAUAGGAGGGGAGGGAAUUGCAGAGAGAGCUGUAGGGUUAGAUGGCCGGGAGGUGGGAGGAAAAAGGGGGGACCGUAGCAUUUUCUAGGAGGAGGAACGGUGUCUGCCUGCGUCCCAGGGGCCCGACGGCUUCUCUGAACUCAGGGAAGUGCUGCCUCCUCCAGGAGCUGCUGGAUUUCACCUGGCUUCUGGUUGGUCGGUCACCACUUUCUCAGAUUCUGUUGAAUUCCUUUCAUCUGGCAGGGGCUCUAAUUGUAGCAUCACAGAAAGACCUAGGGAGGUGAUCCAGUUUGCCCAGGGAACACAGAGCCAGGAAUGGUUAGCGCUCAGCUGAGCCGCCCACUCCUGGGCCAGGUCUUGCUUGCAUCACAAACCCUGCUGUGUGAACUCUCCCACUGGGCGAGCUGUGCCUGGUGGUUGCCGCCCAUGUGAGAGCUGGGCCUUCAGUCCAGCGGGGUUUUUCUAGGCCCUAGGUGCUCUCCUACCUUCCCGGAAUGCCCGCCCCCUCCUGUAACUCCUCUCCCAGCCUGGCCUGCUCAGGGAGGCCCAGUGCCCUGGAUCUCAGCAAAACCUACUUUACACAUGGGACAUUUGCUUCUUCCACUUUGCCACUUAGCAAAUCCUGAGACCCAGUCAAGCAAGCCCGCCUCCUCCAGGAAGGCAUCCCAGAGUACCACUCCUGCAUUGGAAAGCUGCUGUCUGCAAGGAUGGACCUGCCAGACCCUGGAGCCCCGUGGAAUCAGGCGCCUGAGGGGUGGUGCAGGCAGCCACUGAAGAUCUCAGUCAGGGGCUGGUGACUGCGGCUGGAAGUGCCCAUGACAGAGCUGGCGUCCCCGGGGGGCGGGUCCCCUGCGGGGGACGGGGAGGAGGGUCUGGGGGACGAGCGAGGCCUGGUCAUCCACCACCCCGCGGAGGAGCAGCCUCACCGCUGCCCACUGUGCGGCCAGACCUUCUCGCAGCAGCCCAGCCUGGUGCGGCACCAGAAGGCGCACGCCGGGGUGGGCCGCGCGGCCGCCUUCGUGUGCCCCGAGUGCGGCAAGGCCUUCAGCGUCAAGCACAACCUCGAGGUGCACCAGCGCACCCACACCGGCGAGCGGCCCUUCGCCUGCCCGGAGUGCGGGCGCUGCUUCAGCCUCAAGCAGAACCUGCUCACGCACCAGCGCAUCCACAGCGGCGAGAAGCCGCACCAGUGCGCGCAGUGCGGCCGCUGCUUCCGCGAGCCGCGCUUCCUGCUCAACCACCAGCGCACGCACGCGCGCAUGCCCGCGCCGCACCCGCGCCGCCCCGGCGUGUUCGGGGAGCGGCGGCCCUACUUCUGCGCCCGCUGCGGCAAGAGCUUCGCGCGCGAGGGCUCGCUCAAGGCCCACCAGCGCAGCCACGGCCACGGGCCCGACGGCCCGGCGGCCCAUUUAGGCCGCGUGCUCUGAGGCGCGCCGGGCCUGCCGCCGCCUCUGCCCCGGCCCGGGGCCGCGUCCAUGACCCCCGGAGACGGAGACGGCGCUGGGCUGCGGCCCCCGCUCUGGAUGCGAUCCCUGGAGACGCGGAGGGCUGGCUUGGGGUCUUGAAGGAGUGGGCCGCCGCCCGGCUUGGGACGCCUCCUUCCGUGUCUCCGCCCUCUGGCUGGCCGCCCACAGCUGCUCCGGGCCCCUGCGUUGGUUUUCCUCCCCGGGCUCACCCGGCCUAGAGUAGAUGUGGAGUGGGCAGGCCUUCUGGGCGGUGUGUCAGGCACAUCUGGGCACAGAGCCCAGGAAUGGGGCCCCGUGGGGGCCUGCCCACUGGCAUGAGGAUACGUCCCCUAAGAAGACCUACCUCGGGAGGUGCCCUGCAGAGGGGACCCGUGCAGCCUGGAAUUGGAGGCGGCUUCUGUGCCCUGGUGGAAGAACUCCCCAAACCCGAUGGGAGUGACAGCUGGAGAAGAGCUCGUCCUGGCUGCCCGGCCACAGUCCACUCUCCUGUGGCCGCAGGGACAGUGCCUGCGUGGAGAGCCGGCUUCUCUGCACCUGCCUGGCUCACCGGAGACAGGGAGUAACUGGCCUAAGAGAACACAGCGAGUCGGUGGCAGACCAGGCUCCAGAGGCAAAGCCUUGCCCCAGGGGUGACCCAUACCUGCAGCAGGCUUCGCUCUCAGAGCGAUGGUUCUUAAUGCGUGGGGGGCAUGAAGCCCUUUGAAAAUCUCACAGACGUUAUGAACCUUCUCACCAGGAAAACACGCAUACUCAUGUAGACAUGAGAAUCUACAAGCAAGUUCAGAGCUCUCGGACCUAACCUGUCACUCCUUCCUCACCUGGCAUAGAUCCUGGGCCACCAUACAAGUAGCAUUUCUCCCUCCCCUGGCUGAACUUCCUUCCCUCGUUCAGGAAUAAAGGAUUCUGAGGAGGGGACCCUUCCAGUCACUCUCUUCCCCCAGGCCUGACAGUGCAUCGGGCUUCUGGAACCUUUCCUCCCUUCCGCGGACAUUGCUGGAGGCUCCCUGGGCUGGGUUUGCUCUUCUCUGGUUCGGGGCUGCUUUGCUCUGGCUACUUGGCUGCUGGUUUUCACCACGCAGCCUGGACUCCGAUUUCACCGUGGAGGUGAGGGGAAAGCUGGACCUUCCGUGGAUGUGGGGUGAGCAUGAGCCUGGGCCCAGUCUACCUGGGGGAGGGAUCCUGCUUCCAGCAGCCAAGUGUAGCAGGGCUGUCUCCUGCCAGACCAGGAUUCAGCCGCAGCCGGGCAUGGUGUGGGGAAAGCUGGGGAGGAAGACCGAGCCUCGCUCCUGGGGCCUGCCAGUGUUCCGUGCGUGGACAGUGGGAGCAGGUUGGCCUGGGGCUCACUGGCCUCCUCAGAAUGAACCACUCAAUCUGAAAAGGUGUGGCCGAGUAGGGCUGGGAUGGGUUUUUGAUGACAACCCAGACGUCAUGUUGCAGGUUAUAUUUAGUGAAACCCUUGGGGGUGGGGAGAGGCCUAUAGACAUGGGGUUUAGAUCAAAGCCCAGCAAUGUGAGUCGUGGGGGGCACAGUGGAGUUUGUUUAGGUGGGAGGUCCCAGGGCCAAGCUGGGGUUUGGUUAGGGUUGUCGGGAGGCCUCCCGGCUCCCAGCCCGGGACCUUGCUGGUCCUGUCUCCCAUGCGGUUUGGUACAGAGGUUCUUAUGGGCUGUCUGCCAUCUGCCUCGUCCUGGAAUACCAAACCGCUCUGGGGGAGAUCAGAGGAAGAGGAACAAUCUGCACUCUAGAAGCUGUCACGUGCUCUGAUCCUUGGCCUGCCUGGAGGGAGCCUCGCAGAUGCACCCCUUCUCCGUGGUUGUCCUCUCAUCUCCUCCCUUCCCUGUAACCGUGUGGUCCACAUCCACUGUUGCCUUCUCUGUCUUCCCUUGAAUUGCUCCGAAAUGUGGCCCUCCCCUGCCCUGCCGAGCUCUCUUCUCUGCCAGGCCCUCCAUCCUCGUCCUCCGAACAGUCCCUGUGUUACCAUGCCAACUCACCCUUGGGUAGCACGUGCAGCCUUGUACUUGGGUUUUCUGUGCACGUGUGCAUGUGUGUGUGUUGAGUCUCCAGCUAGACUGUGAGCUCCCUGAGGGCAAGGGAUGUGCUGUGUCUUCUUGAACCCGAACAGGGUCCAGCACAGGGCUGGGCUCAUAACACUCAGGAAUACUUGUCGAAUAGCUGAUGGGUCAAGUGCUGGAGGCUGUGGGGUGACUGGUGGUGAGGAGGAGAGGGCCUGUGAGUUCACACGUGGGUGCAUUUGCCUGGGCCAUGAGCUGGCUCGCCUGGGGCAGGAAUGGCUGUAGGAACCCUCAGGCAGUGGGACAGGAGGGAACCCCCCACAUGGCUACGCAGGAGUGCGUGGGGAUGGUGUCCACGCUGGAUAUUUCCGUUGGUCACUGAGACCUGCCGGGACUGACCAAGUGGAAUAAAUGUUCUCUCGACAUCAGCUGGAGUGAGCUGUGGUUCAUUUGGGGCUCAG